AUGUGCACAGUCAGCUCACCCGUGCCCUCCAACGUCACCACCGACGGCAUAUGCUGCUUCCCCUCAGAGGCAUGUGCCAGCCUCAUCUGCGGUGCCCAGAACGCAACCAUCCUCUACGGCGACUCGGCAUAUGGCAGCGACUUCAGUUGUGCCCUCAACCGGUACGACAAUAGCAUCCUCGGCACAAAUGGCACGGACUGUAACGGCGUUGGGUGUACGUGGAAGAAUGCGUCUGCUUCUGCUUCGGCCUCCGCCUCUUCGUCGACCAGUGCUGCGAGUGGUGCUAUGAGGAUGGGUGGGGAUAUCAGCGGGGUACUGGGCGUUUGGGCCCUUACUCUGUGCUUGUUGGCCCUGGUGCCCAAAAGGUUCCAUUGA